AUGGCAGAGCAGAGCAGCAACGAUGUGGUAAACCAAACCCGGUCGGGCGGCGACCUCUCGCCUUCCGACGUUCCUGCGAGCAAACCUGACAAUUUGACUGCUGGAGGGGACCGGGGGGAUGUUCAAGCUUCUGAUAACAACUCAAAACCAAAGGCAAACACACAAUCAUCGCAGGAAAUAUCAACGGGUAACCCAUCGUCGACCGAAGCAAACGGAGUCGGAUCGGAGAGCAACGAUGCCAAUACGAGCUUAUCGCCAAAUGUUGGAGAUGGGAGUGGAGGAUCGGAUACAGAUGCGAGUCGACCGGACGCACGAGCUAACACUGAUGGGGCACAACACUCUCGAACAAGUUCUGUAAAAAGGCCGGCAUCAUUCAAACCAGUUUCCUUCGCCAAAUUUUCCGUGACGAAACCCCCGGGCUCAAAUGGAAAUAGCAAAGCAAGCCCAGAGAAAGUCGCAAAAUCCGGAAGUGGGCUACGGGAUUCUUCUCCCCGGACCUCUACGGCAGGAAGUAAAAAUGUCUCGGGUGCCCCCGAUGCCAAUCUAGUAUGGAAUAAAAAUCGGCCUGUUCAACCACCUCCAACAAAACACCUAACGGAUGAAGAGCUGAAGCAACAAUAUGGAAUCCACAUGACAUCACGCAUACAGACCGAUGACAACGAGAAGGAGGCCAAAUGGGCCGAUAUUGAUGACGACGAGGAUGACUGGGCUCCUGAAACUAUUGAAUGGAACGAUGGCACCAAAAUUACCUUGACUCAUACCGAAGGCAGUGCGCCGGGAUCCCAAGAGACCAGUACUCUAGCUAAUAACUCAAGCGAUCAAAAAAGACAACCCUCACCAGCCAACAAUAUGCCACCAGCACGCGAAGCCCCUAAACUUUUACUUUCCAAACCGUCAAGUUCUCUUGGGUCCAAUACUACAAUCUUAAAAGUCGGUGCAAGCGCCGAAAAGCAGCAAUCUAAACAGGGUGGCGAUUUGUCAAAGAAUACCAAUGAUAAGCCCACACUAACGUCAAAGGGCGUUUCUGCGGUGCGGUCGCCGUGGGCCCCAUUACCGCCUGUGGAAAAAGCGUCUCCUCUAGCACCUAAUCCUCCAGCUCAAAAUCAAGUUCCUCGUUUUAACCAUGUUGAGCCUUCUAGGUUAGAUGCCGGGCCAGCUCCUCCUACGAAAGAAAUUGCUGCCGAUGACUUCAAUAGGUCUUGGAGAGAUAGACAACCUACUGCUCCCCGAGAACUUUACAAUUCGCAAUCAGGUCGAUACGAACCCGUCUCAGACAACAGACAUGGGCACCUGAGGAAUGAUAGAUCGGGGAAGAAUGAUGGCCAUUUUAGGCCUGCUUCCCUCCUUCAACGGUCUAUGCAUGAACAAUCUGGACCCGCGGAACCAUCACCUGCCUUUCAGACUCACAGAAGCCCGACAGAAGGCAGCCAGUGGGGACGUCGACGCGCUUCGUCGAACGUAAGUGGAGGUAGUGGAGGAUUCGCCCGAAGAAUGUCUUUAACUAGACCCGAACUUCCAUUCAAAGGCGGACCACCGUCCACAGGGACGCUUGAGAGGUCGGCCUCACCAAAUACCCGUCAAAUGCAAAAUGGUCCAGUGGCUCCGAGUCUGGGUUCCCCAUCUCAGCAAUCACACAGGAGUCUUGAUCAUGGACCUCCCAACUUUAAUCAGACUUCACCUAGCUCUCAAACCAAUGUGCCCUCUCAAGGUGCCGCUGAUGGCCAAACCUCUCAACCCCCAGUCAUGGUAGAAGACCCCGUUGCAAUGCAACAAAGAAUCAUGCGGGAGAAACGAGAGAUGGCCAGACAACGACGACUAGAACAGGAAGCUAAAGAAGAGGCAGCAAAACAAGAACGCAUAAGGAUAAAACUGCAGUCUAUGGGUGUACCUGCCAACGAGCUCCCAGGUGCAAAAGACAGCACACCAUCGUCGAAUUCAGAGUCAAAGAAGCCAACCGGUCCACCAUCAACAUCAACUACCGUGAUAUCCUCACCUCCUAAACCUCCUGUUCCGGAAUUAACAGGAGAACCUAAGCAGUACGGCAUGAUGAAGGUACAUCACCCCGAGUCGGUGAAGAAGUUAGUAGCUUCUUCCGAGAAACCCCCUGAGAAACCCCAGCAAACUGGAAAUCAGGCGCAAAAUCAUCAGGCAUCACCUCAUAAGCAAGCAAUGUCUGACGCCUCACCCACUGUUAAUGGUUCAAAACCUGCUCAAGAGGGACAGACUAAAACUUCACAGCCUAUUUAUGGACCGCAACCAGAGGAAAGACCGUCGAAUUGGAAGUAUUCCGUUCCUGCAACGUCUACAUACAGUUGGCCCAGCUCAAAGGGUCACACAGCGGGUCUUGGUGCUCUUUGGGGACCACCAACUAAUGACAAAGCUUUGGGCAAUGGCACAUUCGAUAGGAAUCUUGCUAGCUUCCCAUCAGAUCUCAGUUCUUUAGGUUUGACUGAACAACAGCACCUCUAUCCCCAGCAGGCUCAGGAAGGGGCUGAAAUUCCGGAAGGAAUAUCUCGCCCUCUACCUCCUCCCUCCAAAGCAGGUCCAGAUAACGCAAAACCAUUAUCACCUCUAUCAUCUUCUGACCAUAUGCGUCCAGAUCGUAUGGGUGAAAAUCCUAAACCAAUAGCUCCACCGGGACCGAUUGCACCGCCAUCCUAUAACCAAGGACAAAGAUGGCAACAAGACCGAUUGCCUCACCGUAACCAGGAAACCGCAGCUUGGAGCAAUUUUCAUUUGGUUGCUAGAAAGUCUGAAUUGGAAGAGAAUGAAAGGUUUCAUCAAGAUCUCAAAGCUCUUCGUGAAGAAGAAGCCAAGACUGGAAUUGCCUCCUCUCUCCAAACAACCUUCAAUGAAACUUGGAGACAGGUUGAAGCUGGAGAACGUCCAGGGAAUAGGAAUAUCAUUGGAGUGGUGUCUACAACUUCUGACAAGGAGCCCCAAUCUUCUCCUUUCCAUCAAAUUGAUUCUGUCAGCGGUCUUCCUUUUGGUGAUAAACAGAAAGCUGUGCCCCCACCCUCUACCCGGGGCUCCCGUUUUUUCCCACCGGCCUCUGAACCAAAGCGUCCAAACAAUCAAGAGGUUAUGCCCCCUCGCAGCCAAUCUCCCCCUCCACCGGAGGAAGUGUCCAGCCACCCCGUGUUCACAGGUGAUUCGCAAAGACCAUUAGUUCACCUUCCCAACCCCAAACCUCGCGUCAAACUCCCUCCAGGCUCCCUCUCCGCUCCUAACCCACCACCUCCUCCUCCGGCUCCUGCAACCUUCGCUGCCAUGGUUGCUUCACCCCCUCCUGCACGAACGCCCGCACAGCCGAUUGCGAGUACCACUUCCUGGCAAGACAGAUUCAACGGACUAUUCGGAAAGAAGACAUCCCAACCUGUCCAGAGGAAGAACAACUCACUCGCAGUUGCGUCUGCAACCAAGGAACCCCUGGAUGUAAUAUCGAGUUCCUCAUCUGCUGCCGUUUCUUUUCCACAACAUGAUGAGAAGCGGAAAUUUACAGGCGACCCCGGUAGAGCAACGACUAAGGAGGUUGAGGAUGAAGAAGCCAUAUUUGAAGAUCGUGAGGCAGGGUCCUUGCCUGUUGUCAAAGUGCCUGACAUGGCCCCACGAGCUGCGUGGCACCCAGCGCCAAAGCAGUCGCGCUUCCGAACAAAGUACCAGAAACCGGUGUUAUCACAAAGUAUUGAGCCGUAUAUCAUUGGUGGUAUUGAACGGGAUAGUAACGGGGAAGUCUCUGUUAUUGUCCGGCCACCAGGAAAGGGCUUGAAAAUGGUUCCCUUGCCUAAACGAGGUGGGAACAGCUCAGGAAAACUCCGUUCGAAUCCAAAGAACCGGUCACGGAACCCAAGAUCUAGAGAAGGGAGCGGAUCAUAUCAAAACUCACACACUGCAAAAAAGCCUGUGUCUACUACGGCCAACACUACAUCGCCUGCGUCUCUCUCAAGUUCCGCCCGCCAGGGUUCUCACAGAUCCCAUCAAAGCAGCACAAAAUAG